AUGGUGGGCGUGCAGCGCGCCGACCCGCUGGUGGUGGGGCGCGUGAUCGGCGACGUGGUGGACCCGUUCGUGCGCCGGGUGCCGCUGCGGGUCGGCUACGCGUCCAGGGACGUGGCCAACGGCUGCGAGCUCCGCCCGUCCGCCAUCGCCGACCAGCCGCGCGUCGAGGUCGGCGGCCCGGACAUGCGCACCUUCUACACGCUGGUGAUGGUGGAUCCGGAUGCUCCCAGCCCGAGCGAUCCCAGCCUCAGGGAGUACUUGCACUGGCUGGUCACCGACAUCCCGGCGACGACAGGCGUAUCUUUUGGGACUGAGGUUGUGUGCUACGAGAGCCCUCGGCCGGUGCUCGGGAUCCACCGGCUGGUGUUUCUGCUCUUCCAGCAGCUCGGCCGUCAGACCGUCUACGCUCCGGGCUGGCGGCAGAAUUUCAGCACCCGUGACUUCGCCGAGCUUUACAACCUCGGCUCGCCGGUCGCCGCCGUCUACUUCAACUGCCAAAGGGAGUCGGGAACUGGUGGAAGGAGGAUGUGA